GCGCCAUCUUGUUUGUAACUCCCCUACGUAAGUGGUUGAGUUUCUGCUGAGGGGGGAUCCGAUUACUCUUUUUCCAGCUUUGGACUGGGAAACCUCUCCCCGCACUGUAUAGUACACAGGCGCAUAUUGCAUUCACUGCACAGCUUUUCUCUGAUAAGUCCAGCCACUUUUUUUUUUAUUACUGGACAGAAAUGAGCAUCGAAACGCUCCUUGAAGCUGCCAAAUUUUUGGAAUUGCAAGCCCAGCAACAACAGAAAGCACGUGAGGAUGAGUUAAAAGAGAAGCUGCAUCUGCAGCAGAAGACAGAGUGUGGGUACUCUGAUGUGAACUACAACUCAACAAUCCACAUUUCCAAUGUUUCUAAAGCAGAGGAGAUCCGCACUGAGUGCCGCCCAGCACCCAUACCACCCUCUCUACCUCCCCCUCCCAUGCCUGUUACUGUCAUCCCCAUCCCCAUUGUCGCUCCCAACCCUACCGGCUCACCCACUUUACCUGUUACAACACUUUCUCCUACGGCCGCUCCUCCACUGGCCUCCCCGCAAAGAGACCCUCACUCCCCUCAGGAGCAAAGUACUGCCACUCUACUGUACUCUCCGCAACCCAGAAGUGAACACCUAGCCUCUAUGGUGACCGGCAACCACAGGCAGCCAAUACAGAACCACCACCAACGCCCACAGCUCAUCGCCCAGACUAACAACACUAAACUGAACCAGCAGCUGGUUCAACGCUACCCCGGAUCAGUCACCUCAGCCCCACAGCAGCAUGCCUUACUCCCACAUUCGAGCCCUGUGCUUCAGCCGGCUCCCCAACAGAACGGCCCCAUCAGCCAUGUGAGUUUUCCCGAUGAAGAACGCCAGCUAGACAAUAAGAAGAGGCCUGGAGGGGCAGGCACAAGAGAAGUUCAUAACAAGCUUGAAAAGAACAGACGAGCGCACCUGAAGGAGUGCUUUGAGACUCUGAAAAAGAACAUCCCAAACAUUGACGAGAAGAAAACCUCCAAUCUGAGUGUCCUGCGAAGUGCACUGAGAUACAUUCAGACACUGAAACGCAAAGAGAAGGAGUACGAGCAUGACAUGGAGCGAUUGGCCAGAGAAAAGAUUGCCACCCAACAGCGACUAGCAGAGUUGAAGAACGAGUUGAGCCAGUGGAUGGAUGCUAUCGAGAUUGAUCGUGUCCUCCGACAGACAGUACAACCAGAGGAGGACCAGGCUUCAACUUCAACAGCAUCCGAGGGUGAAGACAUUAUGGAUGAAGACAUGGAUGAAGAUAUGGAUGCACAGAAAGCACCACCUGCCUUACCCACUGUGCCUCACGCUACGAAACCUGAGACUAUGUCACACAAUCAGACUCCAACCCUGACAUCUGCCACCACUACCUCCAUCAUCACCCAGCACAUCUCCAUCCAAAACAAAGCCCCUCUUCAGCAGCUACAGCCACACCCAGCGAGUAACCCACAGCCACUGUCCAAGCCUGCAGCCCCAUCUACAACAGUGGUCACUGCAUCCAGCCCUCACACCACUGCAAGUCAGCCCUCUGUUCCUACCCACACACAGAUGGUAACCACGCCUACUCUGCAUCCUACUGUCAUUGCCCACGCUUCAAUGUCCCACCCCUCAGUAAUCCAAACAGUGAACCAUGUUAUCCACGGAGGGGGUCCCAAACAUGUUGCCCACCUGGCUCCUUCUACCACAAGUUCUGUGCAGUUAGCCCCUAGUCAGCAGCCCAUUGGCCACAUUACUGUGCACCCAGUGGCUCACCUGAGCCAGCAUCUACCUGCUCUCUAUCCUCAAUCGGUGGCCGUCACACAGCCGGCUGUAGUGGGUCAUAUCACUCACACAUUAAACCAUGCCCACCCUCAGGUGAAUGGCACUGCCUCUGCCCAAGCAGCUGCCACUAUUGUUGGUAAGCAGACGACAGUAAGCACCCAAAUGAUGGCACAUCACCCACAGCUGGUGGGUCAGACGGUGAUUAAUCCUGUGACAAUGGUGACUAUGCCCUCCUUCCCCAUCAGCACUCUGAAGCUGGCCUAAACAGUGCCUUCACAACCGCUGGGCUGCAGACAAAGACGCUGUGCAAAUGGAGAGAACUCAGUGGCUCAGAUCAGGCAGGAGAUAGCUGGAGGAUCUGAGUGUGAGAUUCCAAAGCUUUAUAGCAAAAAUAAAGUGGGGACAACAUUCUACCAGUUUCCUGAGACCAUGAUCUUGAAUUUAGGAUAGACCAAGCUGCAUGUGGCUAACAGUCACAAUGCUGCCUGCGACACAUGAAAUGUAGAGCUUCACUUGCGAUCCAUUGCAAAUAAUGAAGCAUCAGUUAUUUUCAUGUGAGCCUUGCAGGAUGGUUUCUUACAGAAAAAUGUGGCGCUGCCUUUACAAAGUGCAGGCAGUGUAGAAUCAGAGCUGGACCAUCACACCCAGCACACUGAGAAUGUGAUUUAGAGGAGCUCCUCCUCUCCAGCAGCAGCACAUGCUGUCAGGCUGCAGUGAAAUCAUGGACUGAACUCAACCCCUAAAACAGGAGCUGCAGUCAUCAGUGUUGGUACAUACAGCAAUAGCGCCCCCUUCUGCCUGAUUGUGGUCAAUAUAACGUGACGUAAAAUACUGAUGGAUAAUGAUAGUAUAACAGCUACUUUGGUAAAAUAUGUGCAGUUUUGUCAGGGUUUGGUUUGACAAUCAAGUUUCUUUGGUUUUACAUAUAUUUUUUGCCAUUCAAGCCUACUGCUGAUUGUACACUGAGCACAAAUACAAUUAAGUAAAAUAAAAGUUAUUGUUUUUGACAGCUGCUGUUAUACUUUACAUGUUUUGGCCAAAUAGGUGUUGUUUCUACAUCUACAUGACCUGUAAACACAAUACUUACAGGUUUCGGCAUAAUUUGGAAAUAAAAUUUCAGCGAAAGUUUAUUUUUAACCAUUUAAUACUUAAAAAAGUCCAUAAAAUUGAUUAAAGUAUGUGUAUAAUGCCGUGUUGUAUUGCAGAUGUGUGUGUGAGUAUGUGUGUGCAUGCUGCAAAUGCAUGCUGUGGUAAUUCAGACAAACCUGACUUUGUGCUCUCUGAUGUGCAUAUGAACGUCCUUGUUACUGUAGGAACGUGUAAGAUAUUGGCCAAGAUCUGAACUUAUUUUAGGUUAGUUUGGUUCAAAUUGACAUAAAUUGUUAAUGUGUGUAGAUCCAAGACCAUUCUUUUACAAAGCUAGCACUGUGAACGUUACUAGUGGGCGACAGACCUGCAGUUUAACCGCACUUAGCAGAGCGGCAUUACGCUGUGCUCUCCAAGAUGAAUCUGAAUGUACUGAUCUGUGAGAGGAUUUGGAGUAGCGCACUCUACAGAAGUUGAACCUGUUUUUUGAAAAUGAGAUCACAUUAUUAAACAAUUGUAUAUAAAGUGUAACAUUUAAAACUGAUUUGGUAUUUUAAAAUUUACUGUUGCUUGUUUCACCUGAUGAAUAACUUCUGUUUAAUGUAAACUUUAUAAUAUAGCCCCCCCCCCCGGGACCAUGUACAGUGCUGUGUUAAUAUCCCACUUCUGAAAGCAUUCUCCCCUUUCUUUUUUUUUUAAAUUUUGUUUUAAUGCAAUAUAAUAACAGCAGGGACUCUUUUUUUUUCUAGUCCAAAAAUUAAAGCAACUCUUCUCUCAGUUUUGGAUUUUAUGCAACAACUCAUGGGUAAUUGAAUUUUGAAAAUGUAUUGCAGAAAAACUAAUGUAUAAAAAGUUAACAGGGAAAAAUAUACUUGAAGCAACAGUAUACUUGUGUGUUUUCCCUAUGGAGAAAGUUCAAGGUGUAUAUAGCCUGUAAAUGUUGGGCUGCAUAUAGAUCUAACUGUAUUAUGUAAAAACUUGGGAGACUAUGUCAAAUUAAAAAAAUAUAUAUAAAAUAUACUUAAUAAAUUGUACUAUGUUUACAAAUGCC